GUUUCAGCAAAAUCUCACUCUCAUUUGCGUGAUCGGUCACUCUCUAAUUUCCAUUUCCCAUUAGCUCUUUGAUACUCAUUUUCGUCUCAGAUUCUGUGGAUUGAGAUGGAGUUUAACGGUGACGGAGAUUUCAGCUUUGCGACUGGGAACGGCAACGGAGUGGCCAGGAAUGGGCUGGCGAAGAUCCAUACGACACCACAGAACGGGAAUGGGGUGUGCCACAAUGAUAGCUCGACGACUGUGAAGGCUCAGACCAUCGAGCAGCUUCAUUCGCUGCAGAAGAAGAAGUCGGCACCAACGACACCCAUCAAGGGCACUCAGGGAGACUUUGCUGUCGCUCUCUCCGAGGAGGAACGCCAGAUGCAGCAGCUCCAGUCCAUCAGUAACUCUCUGGCGUCGCUGACGAGAGGGACUGGACCAAAGGUUGUGAGAGGAGACCCUGCUCAGCAGUCUCCUCAUCAUACCCCAAAGGUGUCAUCGCACCACCAUCAUUUCACUCCCACCAUCAGCGUCAGUGACAGUGCCCUCAAGUUCACCCAUGUCCUGUACAACCUCUCUCCUGCUGAGCUAUAUGAGCAGGCGAUAAAUAAUGAAAAGGGGUCGUUCGUUACGUCAACAGGCGCAUUAGCAACACUUUCUGGAGCCAAGACGGGUCGGUCUCCAAGGGAUAAACGCGUCGUCAAGGAUGAGACCACAGAGGAGGAGCUUUGGUGGGGAAGGGGUUCACCAAACAUUGAAAUGGACGAGCACACUUUCAUGGUCAACAGGGAAAGAGCUGUGGAUUACCUGAAUUCUUUGGACAAGGUCUUUGUAAAUGACCAAUACUUGAACUGGGAUCCAGAAAACAGAAUCAAAGUGCGUAUUGUCUCUGCCAGGGCUUAUCAUUCUUUGUUCAUGCACAACAUGUGUAUCCGACCCAGUCCUGAAGAGCUGGAGAAUUUUGGUACUCCGGACUUCACUAUUUACAAUGCUGGUCAGUUCCCGUGUAAUCGUUACACCCACUACAUGACAUCCUCCACUAGCAUAGAUCUUAAUCUUGGUAGGAGGGAAAUGGUCAUCCUCGGCACCAUGUAUGCCGGGGAAAUGAAGAAAGGUCUUUUCAGUCUCAUGCAUUAUCUCAUGCCUAAGCGACAAAUCCUAUCCCUACAUUCUGGCUGCAAUAUGGGGAAAGAUGGAGAUGUUGCACUGUUCUUUGGAUUGUCAGGUACUGGGAAGACAACUCUGUCUACUGAUCACAAUAGAUACCUAAUUGGAGAUGAUGAGCACUGUUGGACUGAGAAUGGUGUAUCAAAUAUCGAAGGGGGUUGCUAUGCCAAGUGUAUUGAUCUCUCGAGGGAGAAAGAGCCUGACAUCUGGAAUGCCAUCAAGUUUGGUGCUGGUAAUAUGUCAUUCCAACUCUUAUAUAUGUACAAUUGUACUUUGUUUGGUCUUGCGACUUCGAGUGAUCUCACCAUGUUUUUUUUAUCCUUGUUGGCAGUGUUGGAAAAUGUUGUGUUUGAUGAGCAUACUCGAGAAGUGGAUUAUUCUGACAAAUCUGUUACAGAGAAUACUCGGGCAGCCUACCCCAUUGAGUACAUUCCCAAUGCAAAAAUACCGUGUGUUGGUCCUCAUCCGAAGAAUGUGAUACUUUUGGCAUGUGAUGCAUUUGGUGUGCUCCCACCUGUGAGCAAGUUAAACCUGGCACAGACCAUGUACCAUUUCAUCAGUGGCUAUACUGCACUGGUUGCUGGAACAGAAGAGGGCAUUAAGGAGCCACAGGCAACAUUCUCGGCUUGCUUUGGUGCUGCAUUUAUAAUGUUGCAUCCAACGAAGUAUGCAGCAAUGCUUGCUCAGAAAAUGCAGCAGCAUGGUGCAACUGGAUGGCUGGUCAACACUGGCUGGUCUGGCGGAAGGUAUGGAUCGGGAAAGCGCAUUAAGCUACCCUACACCCGGAAAAUCAUUGAUGCCAUACACUCUGGCAGCCUCUUGAAUGCAAAUUACAAGAAGAUUGAAGUGUUUGGACUUGAGAUCCCCAAUGAGAUUGAGGGAGUGCCUUCAGAAAUACUGGAUCCAGUGAACACUUGGUCAGACAAGAAUGCAUACCAGGAAACACUCCUGAAGUUGGCUGGUCUAUUUAAGAACAACUUUGAGACUUUCACAAACUACAAGAUUGGCAAGGACAACAAGCUGACUGAAGAAAUUCUCGCUGCUGGUCCGAAUUUCUAGUGAAGUUGUGUGUGGUUGUUGCAGUAGAAAAUAAGAUUGAGGAGUAGUCAUUUUAUUCUUUUCUCUUUUGGUUAAAGAUAAGAUUGAGGAGUAGUCAUUCUAUUUUUUUUUUCUUUUGGUAGAAAUGAUCCUUUGUUCAAAUAGGAGCAGUUGUGUUAUAAUUGUUCAGUAGAUGAGCAAAAUGAUCCUUUGUCGCUCCAACUAUCUAAUA